AUGGAGAAGCAAAAUGGUUCUACUAAACCCAAGCAUUGUGAUAGCUCUCUCAGCAGCUCCACCAAUGGUUGCACUAAGUCGAGCCCCAGUCCAAGCAAGCUCCAUAAAGACUAUAAAAAUGAAGACUUAAGUGAGCUGCAAGACCGCCCCAAAAUCAAUGAAGCUUCUCGGCGAUAUUUGCCCAAUUACAUCCCCAUACAUAAACGAGUUGGAGAACUCGUCCGCCAAAAGAAUGAUUAUAUAAAGCAGCUCAAGUUGGAGUCAGAGGUUAAAAAGCGGUCAAAAGAAGAAGCUGAAUGCACAUUUACCCCAAGCACGCUCAACCAGACCAAAAGAAGCCCAGUUGAGUUUUCUAAUUAUGCAUACAGCUGGCUUAAAAAAUGCAAAACAGAGCUAGAGAAAAAAGAAAAGGAAGCAGAAAUAGAAAAAUACGCAGAAAUGAAGGAAAAGCCUGACAUACUCGAGAUAUCUAAACAGAUGUCAGCCAGGGUAAGAUAUAAGUAGAGAAGCACAACGCCUGUGUUUGAAAGGCUGUAUAAUGAUAGAAAAAGAGAGAAAAAUGAGACUGCGAAUUCGUUCAGCCCGAUGAUUAAUUCUAAGUCUGCUAAAAUGAUUGAAUUAAAGAGGGAUAAAGCAGUGUUUGAUAGGCUUUACUCUUUAAGAAAAGUUAAAGAAAAGUCCCCUAAAAAUGAGGAGGCCACAAGAGUAAAGAAAAGGAGAAUGAAUAAAAGCUAUAAUUUUGAUGAAAACUGAAGUAAGAGCUAUCAAAUUAAUGCCAGUCGAGGAAAUAUUUAUGAUGAAAACAGCGGUAUUAGCAAUGUUAGCUAUACUGAUGAUCUGUGUGCAUUAUUGAAAUCAAUUAAAGGAUUGUAA